UUACAUUGUUACAUAUUUUUUCAGAUAUCUGGCUUGCAGUCAACCGUAACUUUAAUAGUACCAUGCUGAUGUGUUCAGAGGUUUCAGCAACAUGAAAAAGUUUGAACUUUGGGAGACAGCUGAAUAUCGCGUCAUGACGGACACUGCUGAAGUGGACCUGGAGUUCUGUAGAUGGCCCACGGCUCCAGACGGCUACAUCCCCAACUCCAUUAUCAGAAGCUGGAGGAAGAAACGAAAACGUGUCAGCGGGGAAGACUUCUGGGAGGAAUUCUUUUUUGACAAUCUGUAUGACAUUGAUAAAGGUGAACUGAGCGAGGAAGAGGAGAUAACUGCUGACAAGGUCUUCUACUCUUAUUUCAAUAUUGAUGAUAUCACUAUUCCUGCUGAGAUGGAAAGGAAGAAGUCAGUAAGAGCCAGGAAGGCAAGCAGGCGGAAAUCAAGCAGAAUGGGAGGUAGAAAAGUCAUUGGAAGAAAGGGUUCAGCUAAACCAAAAAUAAGCCAGAAGAGAAAGGAGAGCGAGAAUGAGCUAGGAAGUUUGGCUUUCCAGCAGUUGCCUGAUACGCAGCCAAAGAGGAGUCUGACAACUUCUAGAAGAAGUCUGGUGUCUCAGAGGUCAGGUCGAAGAAGAAGUGACAGACGCUCCAAAGCAGGAAUUGAAGAGGUUAGACCUCCUACGUCACAGGAAGAUCUGCAGGACAGAACAGGGCUUGGUGAAGGUGUCCAGCUAGGACUUGGUGAAGGUGUCCAGCUAGGACUUGGUGAAGGUGUCCAGCUAGGACUUGGUGAAGGUGUCCAGCUAGGGGUUGGUGAAGACGCCCAACAUCCACUUCAAUCUGACUCCAUGUUCGAUUCAGCAAGCCAACAAUUCGACACAGUACCUGAAGAGGGCCAGCAGUCUUCAGUUGACUAUGCGGAUGCUGACAUCUCACAGCAAGGUGACAUACGAGAGCCCUUCAUAGCAUACAGUUGACAUCAAAAGCACAGCGUUCAAAACAACAGCUAACUAACUUACUAUGAGCUGCAUAAUGUUCCCUUCUGAUGACAUAUUAGGAAGUAAGGAAUACUGAAAAUGCAAUGCCCUGUCAUUCAAAUUCAAAAAUACUUUAUUAAUCCCAAAGGCAAAUUAAAUGUUGUUGUAACUCAGUAAUUUAGAUUCUUCAAAGAUCCAUUGAAGAUGAUGAUGGCUGCUGACAAGAAAUAUUUCCUGAAGUGGUCUGUACUGCACUGAAUCUGAAGAAACCUCUGACUGAAGAUGCUCUGCCUUCCCAAGACAAAUAUCUUAGGAAGGCAAAUAAGUCCUUCCCAAGAUACCUGGGAAGGACUGUCUCAUGACUGUCCAUGAGACAGUCAUGAGACAGUCAUGAGACAGUCUCAUGCAGAAGAUGGUCAGGGUUGUCUAUGAUUUUCUUGAUCCUCUGAAGAAUUAUUUCUUGCAUCGUCAUCUCCAGAGGUUCCACAGAACCAGAGCAGAACCAGUCUUCUUUAUCAGGUUGUUGAGCCUUUUUAGGUCCCUGGUUCUGAUACUGUUGCCCCAACAGAUGACGGCAGAAGAGAUGACGCUCUCAGCAACAGAUUUAUAGAAGAUCUGCAGCAAUUUGCUGCAAACCUUGAGGGACCCUAGCUUCCUCAAGAAGUACAGUCUGCUCUGUCCCUUCUUAUAGACGCUUCACUGUUGCGUCUCCAGUCCCAUCUGUUGUCAACGCGAACAUUGAAGUGUUUAUAUUCCUCAAUCACCUCCACUUCUUCUCCCAUGAUGGAAAUAGGGUUUGAUUUAAUCCUGUUCCUCCUGAAAUCAACAAUCAU